AUGUACAUCACCCUCUACUACAUAGUCACCCGGCUCCCUGACUCUCUUCGCGUAGUCAGGGACCACUUCCUCUCAGUCUGGCCCACCACUCUCACCGUUGACCUCCUCGAGAAGGCCCUCCUAGCGAUAGAGAAGAGCAUAGUCGCUGUAGGAGCCUCUCGUGGUGACCCUCGCACCCCCGUCUUCGAAGGUCGGUCGGCGCUGCGUCUGCCCCGAGCGGGAGACGCCACACCGGCAAGGGCAAGGGGGGCAAGGGUGCUGGAGGGGCUGGAGGGGGCGGUGGAGGUGGUGGUGGAGGCAGUGGAGGGAGUGGGGGUGGUCGUGGGAGUGGUGCCGGGGGUGGCGGCGGCGGCGGCAGCAAUGGAUGCGGCGAAGGCGGUUGAGGUGGCGGAGGGAGCGGAGGUGGCGGAGGUAGCGGAGGAGGUGGAGGUGGAGGAGGCGGCGGAGGUGGCGGCGGCGGCGGAGGCGGCGGUGGUGGUGCGGGUCGCGACCCUGCGCAGAGGAGUGGCGACGGUGGUGGUCAGCGCCAGCAGCAGCGGAGUGUGCACGGACCAAAACCCCCACCGCGCUGGCGCGCAGUGUACCACUCACAGAGCUGGUGAGGGGACAGGGUCACACCAGCUCUGUGAGAGUGGUGGGGCAAACUGA